AUUUUUCAUCGGAUACACCAUCUCAAAAGUGUGUAGUAGUUUACAAAACAUAUAUAUCAGUUAUAUAGUAUAUACUUUUAUUUAUACACAAAGACACAGACAAUUUCGAAAGACCUAUACAGGAUGGAAUUCAAUUUUACUAACAGAACAAAUACAAGUUUGAGCGAAAUAGACUACAAAAGAUUUCUCGACGAAGCUAUUCCAGCAACAAUAUACCUCGUGAUUUUGUCAGUCGUUGGAAUAAUAGGAAAUAUACACACGAUCUUAGUGUAUAUGAUAUCGCCGGUCAUGGCAAAAUAUUCGGUGCGAGUUUUUAUCAUUUGGCUUGCCAUUACUGAUAUUACAGCAUGUUUGUUUUGUAUGCCUUUUGAGUGUUUUGACUUGCGAUUCAAUUACACCUGGUCAUCUGACGGUGCUUGCAAAUUCUUCAAAUUUCUCAACCACAUUGUAACAGGAGCCUCCGCUAGUUUAUUGACUAUAAUUGCUAUUGAAAGAUAUAAACUUUUUGUUAAAAACUUGCCGAAGCUAUUUGCAAGCCUUGAAAGACAAAAUGUCGUAUCUGCUGUUCUGGUAGGGUUCUCCGUGAUAUCGUCCAUUCCAACAGUUAUAUUCUACGGUAGAAAUGACAAAGUAACAAACAUAUUUGGUUUAAUCGGCAAGGAUUGCAGUUUUUCAUCAGAAUAUCAAAAGAUGCAAACUGCAGGAGUUUACUACAGUAUACUGGCGAUUAUAGGUUUAGUAUGUAUUGUGUUGAGCGUCGUAUCAUAUGGACGAAUAUUGCGUGAAAUCUUUAGCAGAAAACAAUGGAGAAAAUCACUAGGAAAGAAAACUGUUCCUUCUGUGAAUUCAACUUCGGAUAUGAGAUCAGAAACCACCCAGGUACAUGCAAUCUCAACUAUUCAAAAUGCCGAUGUGAAAAUAAAUAAUAUGCAAAUUGAAAUCUGUAAAAAAGCAAAGAAAAAAUCUUCCUGUUCAUCACACAAUCUUGGAAAUGCGAUUCGACUUACCAUUAGUCUCAUGAUAGCAACCGCUGUUUCCUACAUUGGAAAUUUAUUGUAUGUUUUUACGUUGAUGGUCAGAAUGCUUAAUCGACAAGUAUACCAUACCCAUAUUCGACCAGUAUCAUUCAUUUUAGUGCGAGGAUAUUUUAUCAACAAUGCAAUCAAUCCUAUUGUGUUUUGUCUGUUGGAUAGAACUUUUAGACAGGAAUGCAUAAAACUGUAUAAGAAUAUAUGUUCGAGGAAAAAUAUUUCGACUGCAUGAAAGUAUCGAACAGAAUAUAUAUAUGUACAAAUUGUGUAUCAAAAGAUCGCUAGAAAGAUUUUCUAUUGCCAGACUAUCGUAAAUAUCUAAAUACGUCACCUGACUCUGGAGAUAAUACUUUACACUUGUCGUUAAUGAUACCGGUUUCUUGAGCGUUUGAAUAUAUUCAAGUUUGUAACGGUGGGAUUGGUUUGUUUUAUGUACAUGCAUAGUGUACAUUACAUUAUCAAAUCUAUAAAUAGAUAUUGAUCAUUGAGUCAUU